AUGAAAGAUGAGGGAAGCAGCAGCGGUGCGGGGCCUCAGCCCUCGGAGCGUUUAUGCCGCAUGAACCAAACAAAUAAUGAGGGUUCUGAAGGGUGUAGCCGAGGUCAACCGCUUUCGUAUCCCUCAGCUUUGCAUGUGCAUCUGCCCUCGUCUUCAUUAUUAGCAGUAACCCAGACUUCCUGUGGUCAGCAUCCACGACAACACCAGACGGAGACGAGCAUGCAAUGCGAUCUCGUCACCAGAGAUUUUAUUGAUCUCUUCGAGGAUUCAGAGAUGAAUAUUAACCUUAAACACAUCAAUAACGACGCCACGCAGCCUUUGUGCUGUCAUGAUAGAUUCUCAGAUAUUCAGAAAGUCCACCAAGGCAAAGACAUUCAGACAUUUGCGUUUGGGGAUCCAAGGCAUCCAAUGGGGCAACCGAGAGAUGCCAUUUCGAAACCCACGCUCCUUCCUUCUGUAUCGUGCCCCCCCUCCUCCUCUCUUCACUCAGCGACGCAGGAGAAGAGAACCUCAGCGGGCAGGCGGGGUUUCACGCGCGGAUGUGUGGUCUGGAUGCCGACCGAGCUCACGCGGGAGUCCUCCUCGCGAGAUCCACCCAGCCGCGCGCUCAAUGGAUUCCGUUCGAACCCAUUAAGCGUGGAUGCCAUUUCCCCACCCGCGGGAGGUGGGGUGCGCUCGCGAAUAUCGCCCGCCCGCACCGGGCAGGGAGGGAAGGAGGGUCGGAUUCCUUUCACCGCGCGUGUGCCCCUCGCCGCGGUGUAUUUGCUCUACUGGCCAAGGCGAUUCCCCAAAGAGCCCUCGGCACGAUUCCCAUCCUCGCAGCCAGCCAUGAUGCGCUUCUACGGCCUGUACGAACCCGUCGUGCUACGCCACAUCCACCCCGCAAUCCCCACGAAGGAGCCAGGGCCGCCUCUCAGGCCGAAUCUGGAGCCGUUUACACUUUCGUCUGACGGGAUGGGAAGGCCUCGGUUUUCCGAAAGGGUCCUGCACGCGGCUGAUCCCGUUUGCGAGGCCGCGUUUGUGCCUCUCCACGGUUCUGGGAUCGCCUCCGAUCCCGCCGAUGAUUCCAAUGAGGAAGCGGGGUUUGAGGGGGGUGCGGCCCUGCCAACCGCCCUUGCCGAGGAUCCUCCUGAGGAAGGUAGCGAUGAGGAGGGCGCCGGGGGUCCUCCGUUGGAUGCCGCGCCUAAUCGAACCUCGCGUGAAUCCCACGGAGGUGAGCUUCGACCGUCCACGACAGGGGCGCAUCUUUUCACCUCCCUUUCCUGCCUUUUAAAACGUCAACACGGCUUCUCGGAGGCGGUGCAGCGAACCUUGCAAGGAGCGCUUUGCCGUCAUGUGGAUGAGAUCCUGAGGCGGGGUCUGGAGCCUAGACAAGGGACCCAGAGGAAACGUGGGCGAGAGCUCCUCAAAGGGUAUGAGGAAGAGCAGGAAAGAGGCGAGGAGGAGGCUUUGGGAGGGGGGCACCGACGAACGCGACUUCACGGGGCGGAUCUCCUUCACCCUGAGCUUUCCACACUAAAUACAAAUUCCAUCAACGUCUCUCUUCAUCACGAAAAAAACGACUUGGUUUCUGACGACGGGUGGGCUGAAUCCCCACCCUUUUGGGUGGCGGCCUUUGCUCAUACCACGCCCAUCCAUGGCAGCGUUCUUCGCUACGCGACGGAUCGCAUCCACAAGCACUGGCGGGCAUCCCCUAUCACGGUAGAAGCGCGUCUUGCGCAGGGGCGAUCCUCCACCCGCUCAUGUGGGCCCUUCCAUCGUGAAAUCGCGUCGAAGACAUCUGGAAAUGACGAAAAGGGCGACGGAAGGGAACACGGGGAGGUUUGUAUACGGUGGCCGGCGUGGGUUCCACCGCACUCGCAAAGCUGUCGGAUUUUAGCCGCCCUCUCCCUCGCCGCGCUCGUCCUCGUGGAUGAUAUCGCGGCCGCGUUGCGCGACGCCAAGGGGUUGGUUGAGAAGGCGCAUCUUUCAAGGCCGUUGGAGCGUCUCCGGCUGAUGAUGGAUGCCUUCCUUGGGUUCACCGAGGCGGUUUUCGGGAAGCCCACCCAACGCCGGCUUCUCAACCGAAUUCUCGACCGACUUCCCUUUCGCAUGGAGGACGCCACGGUGUUGCAGCGUUACGCGGAUGGGUUCUUGGGGUGGAGUCCUCCUUCUCGAGAGGUCGUUCGCGCGUGUGUGUAUCAUCAUCCCCCCAAAUCAGGCGCCCGUGAUGGAAGUGCGAGCAGUGAAGAGGACGUCCAACCACGACAAGAGGGAUCCCGCAGCAAGUAUUACGGCUUUGAGCAAAACAGCCUCCGAACUCGCGUGCAAAACCCGUCCUCUCAGGCGACGGAAAGGGUAAAAUCAACGGCGAUGGGCGUCGAGCAAACCAAACCGGGGGGGAUCUCGAAAGAUCCCGCGCUCUUCGUAGAGGGAGGGGUGGAGGGCCCCUCACCUGCUUCGCCGAUGGCAGCUGCCAGCCCUGGGGGUUUGGAGGCAUCGGGUGGGUUGUUUCUUUGCUAUCCGAGCAUCCUCGACGUGGUUCACUACAUGGCCUUGGAGUACAUGACGAGCCCCCCUAUCACAACCGGGGGGGAGUUCGUUGAGAGCGGCCUCCGCGCCGUUGGCGAUGCGCUGCAGCAAUUCCUCAGCGAGGUCGACCCUUCCGCCAUGCUGGAGUAUUUUAACACGGUGGAAAGAACCGAACUGCCCCACCUUUCCCCCUCCACAUCAAACGACGACAAUCGUGUGGGAUACCACCUCAGGUAUCGGCUGGAGUGCUGUGUGGAGUCGUACACGCGCGAUUUUUUCCCCUGGCGUCAUUGGCUAACGCGUCGUUUCCGGAGGGAAGGCGGCGCGGCGGGAGCCUCCUCCCCGACCGCACGAGAGGCCACUGCCCUAUGGCCUCUUCGAAUGAAUACCGCGACGCCGCGGAAAGGGAGCUCCACGGAGGAGAUAUGGGGAGAUCGCGGCGGCGGUUUCACGAGCGCCCUUCGCCGGUCGCUUCAGCCGAACGAUUCCCCGUCGUCGUGGGAGGUGGCGCCGCCACAGCUCGCCGUGCGUGCGGCCUACACCUACGUGAAGAUGCUCAAAUGGAUUCUUUCUCGCCCAGGUACGAUGGAUGAAGACCCUUCGGUGAGCCUCCCGCCGCACAUCCUCGGACGCCGUGCGCGAUACCACGAGGCGAACGAUCUGGCUUUUUUGCUUUGUGUGUUACCGCGGCUUUUCAGGUUUCACGCGAUGCCGCAGGAGGUGCGUUGUGUGUUUGCCUGCGCGCUUGGCGAUUUUUCCUCCCUGGCAACCCGGCAUCACGCCUUCGCCGGCCUCCCCAUCAACGCCGACGCGCAGUGCGGAGAAGGCGAGGAAGAAGAUGAAGAAGAAAAAUCAAAAGAAAAAGGAGGGGGUGAGGACCUCGCGCGCGACAUCCGCGGCGCCGCGUUGCGGUAUUUCCUUGGGGUGAUCUGCUGUUGUGCGGUUCGAUGCCCCCUCGGGUGUUCGCCACAAGGGGAGUUGGAGAAGGCCUUUGUGGAGUGGCUGGUGCCCUUCUUCGCCGCGCAUUGGCGGGCGUGGUGGUGGACGCCGCAAGAGGCGGUGGCGACGCUGGGUUCUCCUGGAAGGGGGGCGCUCCUGGAGGCGGCGGGGGCCUCCAUCGCCGACGUCGCCGUCUUCUACGGCCGACGAACCCUUCGGCUGUUGCGGUUGAUUCGACAGGAGAUGCGGCGGCGCGCGAUCGCGUCCGUUCAGCGAGGUGGCGAGGAUAAGAGGGAGGUGGCGUCGAGCUACAGCGGGGGAAGGCCGCCGUAUCGCCCACGCGAGGCCUCCGAGACGGCCGCGCAGGAGCUGGACGAGCGAAGCACCCAGCGGCAAAAGUUCGCCAAGGUGGAGCUCGACAGCGCCACCUCCCGCGUCUACUCCAUGGAGCCAUCCCUACCGCGUUGGGGCGCCAAAGAGGCGGUUUCAGACGUUUUUUUGUCAGAAAGCGGGUGUGGCGAUGCAACGACGGUUGCCAGUGUGCGGCCUGGGAACGACGACGGGGCGGAUGGCGAUCACUCCGACGCGACAUGGCAGCGUGGGGUGAAAAGCCGGCCGACCGAGGAUCAUCUUUUCUGGCUUAAGGGCCCACCACCCUCGUUCGCCUUUUUCUCGUCAAACGCACGCGUUCAUCGUUCGGAAGUGGUCGGCAUGCGCGACGUGAUUGAGCGAAUGCUACGCUACUUCUCCCCCACUCCCCCAAGCUCAGAGAAAGACCAUGUGACGGGGCAUGGAAGCGAUGCCGUUUGCCGUAGCGAAAUCGUUAACGGUAUGACGAAUAAUAGCAGUCAUAAUACAUUUCAUGAUACUAACGCACGCGAGCUACUUCUGUCAGCCUCGUUGUCUUGUUUGCAUCGAGCGCUUCCGUGGGCCCUUGAGGGGUAUCUUCGCGACACCGGCAGCGACGAGGACGACGAUGAUAUGGAAGUUAGAAAAGACCUCGAUACCGCCUUGAGCUCCGAUACCGACGCCCGUCCGCCCUGCCCGUGGCUAGACGUCAGUUCACGUAGUACGCAAGAGGAAUCGGCUCCUGUCGCCGGAAAACCCCAUAUCCCGAAUGAUGAUGGGAAUGCGAAUACGCCAGAGACCGCCACUCCGUGGUCGAGCGUCUCGUUAUCAACCACCGCGGAGGUUGAGAGCUCGAUGUGA